AUGUUUCUCCACAGCCUGACCAAGCCCAGCUUCGCUACCAUUCUCACCGCGCUCUACACCUCCCUCGCCUCCGUUAUCCCACCACCCAUCCCCUCUAACCCUUCCAUCGUCUCAAAUCUCACAACCCCUCCCCUUCCCACCACCUCCAACUUUACCCUCGGAUGGAUCCCCGAAGAACUAACCGUAACCUGGGCACCCACCACCGGCCCCCUCGCCGGCGCAUUCACCGACCUCGACGCCUACGAAUCCACUAUCAGUUUCCUCUCUCAGGCCGUGCGACAACCCUUCGAUGAGGCAGUCCGACCCCAAACAUUCGGCAAAGACACCGUCGAAAUAUACGUCAGCGGGCUGCCCGCCGGCAGCAUGAUCCAGACGAAUUUUCUCUGCUGGGGCUUCAAUCAGGCAUUCUUCGCAAUCGGACAGAAUGAGAGGGGGUUCAUCGAGUUCAGGGAACCCUCACCGCGGACCUUGACGAGUGGGGAUGAAGGUGGGGACAAUAGCACGGUUACGUCGUCGUCGUCGGCCUUGACGUCGCGAUCCGACAACAAUUUAAUCUACGCUCACGUGUUCCUCGAACACCAGCCCCACCAUGAGCAUCGCCAAUACUACGUCCCGAUCAUAAGCGCGAUGGCUUGGAUCGCGACGGCGGGAAUUGAUAAAGAAAUCACAGACUAUACUGUGUUCCCAGCGUUCGGAGUAUUUCUCACUAUAGAAGCCAAUGCGUUGCAUGUGCGGUACCGUUACAUGAUAUUUUUGUUGACUUAUGUGGCGAUGAUUCCGACGAUGGGGACAGGCGCAAGCGUGCCACAGUGGAGGUCGGUCAACGCUUUCAUGUUUCAUGACACUCUGGAGCAGAAGGUUUUGACUGUUCGGCUAUUUUGA